GUGCACUUUGCAGACAGAUGAUGCAGAUGUUGGUGCUUUGUUCCAGGAUUAAGUAUCGUUUGUCAACUUGAGAAUGUCAUUGCAUUUCGUCAAUAUAAAAUAAGCAUCUUAAUAGAAAUUAUGAUGGAUGACAGUAUAGAUAUUGUUCAUAUCAAACAAGAACCUGUGGAUUCAGAUAUACCAUCAGAUUUAAUGAAUUUUGGCGAACUGAAUCAACUGUCCAAAUCAAUCUAUCAAAAAUUGACAGAAGUAUUCAAACAAAAUGGAAUUAACAGCAUCAAAAAGAAGAAUGAAUCCAAUAAAGAAAAGCAGGAAUACAGUGUGGAGGGCAAUGAUGGAGAAAUGUAUCUGGUCAAUGAAAGCAGUGAUUUUUCUGGGAAGGAUGAAGCAAAAUCUAGUUUGUCUGAUGAUAAUUAUCUCCCCUGCAAAGUGCUGGAAGCUGAUGGACAACCUUUAAAUGACUCUGUAGACAAUGUUCCUGGUACAAAAUGUACCAGUAAAGUUAAAAAUUCAGUUUUAAGAAAUAUUCUUAGCAGGGAACCUAACAUGGAUAAAUUAAGCAAAGAUGAUUGUGAUAUAACAAAUAACAGUGAAACAAAUAAUGUUGAAUUUGAAUCAUAUUUAUAUAAUGAUUCGGAGGUAUUUGGACGUAAUAUGCAAAAUAAAAAGCAACAGAAAAAGAAAAGCAUACACAAAAAGAGGACGUCUAGUAGAAACAAAAAGAAAAAAACAAAUACAAGUUCUAAAAAAGUAUUGACUAUAGGUAAAUCCACUGAGAAAAUCUUGAAGGAAAAUCAAAUUAAAAGAGAACCAAUUAGUUUGCAUGAGGAUAAGGACAUUGAUGAAGAGAAAAAAGAACUAGACAGACUGAUUAAAGAUGAAGUAAUGGCUGGAUUAAUUAAAACAGAAAUAGCACCCCCUGAACCAUUUGACUUCUCACAAGUCCCAGAUCUACCGGAACUGGCAACAACUCAUUCAGAAGCUAAUCAGUACAUGAAAAGCUACAUGCAUAGUACAAUAUAUUCAUCGGAUACUGUCCAGAUAGAUAAACCAUCAAGUUGUGAAUAUUGUGGAAAGGUUUUUGUGAGUGGACAGAACUUGGUGAAACAUUUAGAACAACAUGUUGGUGAUCGACCAUUUGUUUGUGAUAUUUGUGGUAAAACUUUUAAGAUACGUCAGAAUUUACGUCGACAUAGUGUGAUACACAGUGGAGAAAAGCCGUACAAAUGUUCUCUGUGUGAUAAAGCCUUUACCACAUACACAACAAUGAAUAAACACAGAUAUGUACACACUGGUGAAAGGAAUCAUGAAUGUGAUGUAUGCGGAAAAAAGUUUGCUCACAAAACAAACAUGAAAACCCAUCGUCUUUGUCAUCUCAAAGAGAGACCGUUUAAAUGCCAUAUUUGUCAAAAAGGAUUCAAUAAAAAUGCAAAUUUACGAUCCCAUAUGAAAGCCCAUCUUGGUGUAAAGCCACACAAAUGUGAAUAUUGUGGUAAAGGUUUUACAGAAAAAUUCCAACUAACAAUGCAUGUAAGGUCCCAUACGAAUGAGAGACCCUAUCAAUGUAAUCAGUGUGAUCGUAGAUUUAAUCAGAUUUCUAACUUGUACACCCACAUGAGGGUCCAUACUGGUGAAGUUCCAUUUGUUUGUGAAAUAUGUGGUAAGGGUUACAGGAUCAAAAUACACCUAGAGCAUCAUGUUAUGAAACACAAGGGCAAUAAGCAAUAUAAAUGUAACUUAUGCAAGAAAGAAUAUUGGUUUAGAGGUGAGCUUAACAGACAUAUGAAAAGACAUACUGGUGAAAAGAGCCAUAAAUGUGAAAAGUGUGAUGCUAUGUUUUUCACCUUAGGAGAGGUGAGAAUACAUUUACGAGGAGAACACGAAGGGAAAAUGUACAACUGUGAAUAUUGUGGUCGUGAAUUUUUGAGGUACAGUAACAAAAUGAGACAUGAAAGAAUACAUCUUGGUAUUAGGCCACAUGAAUGUGAUGUUUGUGGGGAGAAAUUCUUCCAGCGAACAGAAUUACGUGAUCACAAGUACAAACAUGAGGGGAUUUUCCCCUUUCCAUGUGAUUUAUGUGAAAAACAGUUCCGUAAGAGGUCACAGUUCAAUGUACACAGAAAGAUUCAUACAGGUGAAGGAAUUGUUGAAUGUGUUCCCUGCAAUAGGAAGUUUAAUUACAAAAGUUCUUACACAAAACAUUGUGAAUCUGAGCGCCAUCAUAAACAGGAGGCCAUUUUCAAUGGAACAGAGUUGAAAAGGAAUAAUAUCAUGGCUUCCAAGAAAAAGACUAAAUCAAAGAAAACAAGAACAAUAGAUGAUACAGAAAGUGAGGAUAAUACUGAUGAAAUUGAAGAUGACAGCAUUGAUGAAGAAUAUAAUGAAAAAGAUGAAAAUUCUGAUGUAGAUGAAAAGAAUGAAGAUUCUGAUGAAGAUAAAACUAAUGGAGAACAUAUUGACAAAGGAGAUGAUUCUUCAGACACUAUGAUAGAUGAAAAUUAUACAUCUUCUUUGAAAGAAGACAAAUCAAGGGGAGGUAAUACAGGCAUGAAGCUUAUAAUAAAAAGGAAAUAAUCUUGAAAAAUGAAAAAUUUGUAAUUGUAACUGGAUAUUUUUAAAUGCUGUGUAUUUUAUAGUUAAAUUGAUUCUUCAUGUCUCAAUUUCAUGGUCUGUAUAUAUUAUAUACAUAUUAUUUUACCACCAGGAAAUGUAAUUAACAUAGACUAUGUGCUAGUAGUACAUGGUGGGUGUAUCAUUUACUUUUUCUUGUAUAUUGCAUAUAUACCUCCUCAUCUAAUAUUUUUGGCUAAAUUUAUAACAAAUAUAAAAUGAAUGUUACUUUUGACAUUUUAUACAAAUGUCUAAGAAACAUAGAAAAUGAAUAUUGAUUUCUUGUUUUUUUAAUGAGUAAACACUAACAAGUAUAGUAACUUAUAAAAGUUGUACUUGUGAAAGUGGUAUUUGUGUAUUUACAAAAAAUGCAAAUGAAUCUUUCAUUCAGUCAGGGCUCAGACUUGAACUUUGGAGACUUUUGCAGGUCAAAUUGUGUAUUUUUUCAUGUUUUAUAAGGAAAUAACAGCAUUUUUUAGACUUCCUAAAGUCAGAAUAUGUAAGACUUAUUUAGGUUGAUUCCUGUUCAGUUGAACAUGAAACUUUCAGUUUUUUAAGAUUUUAACAAACCUGCCCAAUAACAACUAUGAAUAUUUGAAUAGUGAAUGGACUGAUCUAACAAUUGAGGAGAAGUAACAUUGUCUAAGUACCUUUGACUCUGUCAGAUCAGCUACGAAAUCAGUAAACUAACCCAGGUUCCAUGUAACAUGCCAAGCUAUGAAAAUCAGUUUUGCCGUUGACACUUUGUUACUGCACUUUGGAACAAGUGUCUUUAAGUUCGACAUUACUAACUGGACAUUAAUUUGGUCCAGUAUAAGACAGCAUUCAUGGAAAUGAGGGUUAAAUGAAAUAAUUUGUAAAUGAUGUAAAUUUUUUUUUAUCAAAAUGCAAAAAAACCCCAAUGAAUUUCAAAACAUGAUAUAAGCACAUACAUGGAAAUAAAUAUCAACAAUGCAAUAUAUAUAAAUGGGGAGAAUUUCUUACUUCCAGAAAUAUAACGAAACAUUUUAAUCAGAUAAAUCUGACUUAUUGAAGUCUGAGCUCUGACUGUCAGUAAUUAAAUGUAGAACUUCUUGCCAAAUGUAUAUAUAUAUGUCUUUCUUACUGCUUAUGUAAAGCAAAAGAAAAUAUUUAUUUUACUUUUCACUGACAUAUAUUUUCAUUCGCCAUGUUUACUUAAUUAUUCUACAAAUAGUCUCAAUUACUGGAAAUAAACAAUAGUGGAAGGGGCAUUAAGUUUUACCCUUGUCCGUCUGUACAUCCGUCUGUACGUCCCAAAAUUGGUUUCCGUUCUCUAACUUCAGUUUGCCUCAACCAAAUGUUAUGAAACUUAUAUGCAAUGCUAAUUACCACAAAACACAGAUCAAGUUUGAAUUUUGGUGGCGUCACUUUUACCGUUCUUGAGUUAUGUCCCUUUAUAAUGUUGUAUGCAAGAGGGGGCAUCAUCUGUGUCCGAUGGACACAUUCCCCAUUUAUUGUUAAAAUUCAAUUGAUUUGAAAUUCUUUUGAUCUGUCCUAAAAAUCUUAAAUUUGAAGUAAAAUAUUUGAAACAAUUUACAUGUUUGUAAUGAAAUAUUUGUUUUGUAAUGAUAACUUGAGUUUACUUUGGAGGAGCACCUUAUGACGUUACUAUUGACCAUGAAAUGCAGGUCAGACUCAAUUUUUCACUAAUACCAGGUACUGCAAUAACCAUUCCAAAUUUAUGCCCCUUCAAUUACCUGGAAUGAAAAUGUAGUUCAUUUGGGAGUAGAAAUGUAAGAUUGUUUUUACCAUGACAUACAGUUCGAUUUAAAUUUUAUUCAUGCUGCACUUUCUUCCCAAGAGUUACAUAUCCUGAAUCAUCCCAAAUGGUAAAAACUGUAUCCUGAUCAUAUUUUCAAGUUCAUUAUAACUUUGUUAAAUUGCUGCAUACUGGUCAGUGUGCUGUACAGAGAACAUUUUUUUUUUGGCUGUGCCAUUUUCAUGCCCCCGCCGUAGUGGAGGAGGCAUUAAGUUUAACCCUUGUCUGUCUGUAAGUCCGUCCAUCCGUACGUCCAUACAUUCCAAAAUUGGUUUCCGUUCUCUAACUUUAGUUUGCAUUAACCAAAUGUUAUGAAACUUAUACACAAUUGCUUAUUACCACAAAACACAGAUCAAGUUUGAAUUUGGGUGGCAUCACUUUUACCUUUCUAGAGUUAUGUCCCUUUACAAAUGGAAAUAUUGCUAUAUUUUUCGUUUCUGUUCUCUAACUUAAGUUUGCCUCAACCAAAUGUUAUGAAACUUAUACACAGUGCUUAUUACCACAAAACUCAAAUCAAGUAAGAAUUUGGGUAGUGUCACUUUUACCGUUCUUGAGUUAUCUCCCUUUAUAACAUUAUAUGCAAGAGGGGGCUUCAUCUGUGUCCCAUGGACACAUUCCCAAUUUAUUUUACUUGUUUAUCAAUGUUGUGCACUCUGCCUUAUGAAAACUUAGUGUUUUAUCUUACUUUUUUAACGUUUUUUUUUCAAAUGUUUUCUUCUGACAAUGUCUUAACUUUCUUUUAUGUAUAUUUAUAUAAUUACACAUCUAACAGGACAAAAUCAUUAUUGCAACUACCUGCAAAGAAAAUUUCAGGUCCAUUUUUGCUUCAUGAAGUGAAUAAAUAUAUUCUAAGUAUUCUAUUUUUGUGAAAUAUAUAUUGCAGGUUGCAAUUUUUUUAAAUGUGUAUUAAGUUUUUUCAACAUUAUUUUAAAAUGUUAUUUAUAAAAUGUUUUGGUUGAUAUUGUUUGAACUUCGAUACUACUUGUCUAGGACUUGUUACCACCUGUAACCAUGGUAACUUGUAACCAACACAGUUUCAUAUCUGUAUUUAUAAUUUCUGUGCAAUAUGUUGUAGAAUCCUUUUUUUUCAAAUAAUUUGUGUAGUGCUUUGUAAGCUCCUGCAAUUUAAAAAGCCAAUUUGUGCUUCAAAUAAUAUGAUCAAAAUUUAGGAAGUCAUGAUCAACCUUUUGGUGUCAGACGACCAAUUCAUCCACUCUAAUUUAGAACAUAUGUAAAAGUAGCCCUUCCCUGACAAAACAUAGUGCUUUGAUGUCAUUGUUUACUUAAACUAACCAACAAAUUAGCAUAAAUGAAACUUUUGGUGAAAGUAAAAUAUAUUUUGACCAUUUUAAGACAAAAUUUACUUGUCCAUGAGUUUGCAUUACAAAUUGAGGAUAAAUGGGCUACAUAGUAUACUUAUUUAAGAUUUCCAGAAAACCAGGGGCUAUUUUUAGUAGUAGGUACCCUUGAACGUUGGUAUUAUAAUUCAAGAUUUUAAACAUUGGUUGAAAAUUGGCAUGUAGAUAGAUGAUACAUGUACAAUUCAGGAUAUGCCUGGUCUCUAUGAAGUUAAACUUGAGGCAAAAUAUUUGGAAAGCUGUGAAAAUUGAAAAAAUGUGGUUGAAUAGAUAGGGAGUUUGAAUUGGUGAUCUGACACCUUUUGUGGUUAUAUUAUGGACAUAAAUAAGCACUUCACAUUUUAAACUGAGAAAAUAUUUAAAACAUUGACAUUUAAUGUUGCUAGAACAGCAGAAUGUUGUGUAAAAAAAGAAGUUUUCUCACCAUUUUUGUGAAAUAUUUCAUAUGCUAUGUUCAUGACUGAGUCUAAUUGUAUUGAAAAUAUAGCAAAGUGCUCUCGACCAAUGAAAUUGUAGGAAUUGAUGCUUCUUAAUUUGAAAUAUGUAUGUCAAACAUGUUUAUACUAUUGUGUAUGUACAGUUCAUAUCAAAGAAUUUCUUUAAAUGAGUUUCUACUGCUCUUACUUUAUCAUGAAGAAAGAGAUUAUCGUUCUCUUUUGUAUACUAAUUAUUUAAACUUAAGAUAGAGUUGAAGCUCAAAUUUGAUUUUAAUUUACCAUUGAAUGGUUUGUACCUCAUGUAAAGCUUGACGAAAAACUAUGUAACUUUAAAUGACUUCUUCUACAAUGGAGAUGUUUAACAACCUUGACUACCCACAAGGGUCUCACACAGUCAUAAAUUAGUGUUCUGACCUUUAGAAUAAGAAAAAUACAUUUACAUUUUGUAAAACCGGAGUGGACAAAACAGGGUAUCUCUUAUCUAAAAUUUGAACUAUUUGUUUGUUUUGAAAAAUAUUUUCUAGUCAUUUUAGCUCAAAAAUAUAAUUACAGUGUUCAUUUAUUGUAGCUUAAGCAACUGAAAAUAAUCACACCUUCUUCAAAAAAAUAAAUGAUGAUUUGUUUUUUAGAGGCUGUGAUAACCAUAAUUACUAUGUAGCAUUGGCUUGUCACUAAUUUAAUGAUUUGGAUUGUUAUUGUAAUUUGUUGUAUUAUCAUUAUUAUUGUUUUUGUAUAUUAGUAGAUAAGUGAAAUAAAUGUUAUAAGAUUA